AUGGGGACUGAGGUGCAGCGGUUCCCAGAGGAAUCUCCUUAUGGAAAGUAUCUCGUUAAAGACCUGGGAAUCUUUUACGCCAUCUCAAUGACUGCUGGCUUGGCCAGAGUUGGAAUAAGAUGCUUCAUCAAUCGAAAGAUUCAUCUCGAGGAAGUGCUAAUGAUAGGCUGCAUGCUCUUCUACACUGCUUACAUGCUAUGUGUGGCUGUCUACCUCGAGAAAGGGACAAAUCUGAUGAACACUGCCGAAGACUUUAUCAUGUUGAUCAACCAUGAUGAAAGGUUUCGUGUCAUAGGCAGCAAGGCAAGUUUGGCCUCAUGGUAUCUAUAUUGCAUCUGCAUCUGGGGAUGCAAGUGCACUUGGUGGUGUGUAAUGAGGAAAUUUGCUAUCAUAAAUGGUAAAAGAAGUCUGGCCGUCAUCCUUGCUGGAUGGUUUCUUCUUGUUACCUUCCUCGCAGCCAUGAUCACAAUAUCUGCUAUUUGCACUCCGUUUACGGAUUAUUGGCAGAUCAAUCCACUGCCUGCUGUUCGCGAAUGCCAUGAUACAUACCGCACGAUGUUGAUCGUUGGCUCUCUGAAUAUCGCAUCAGAUAUUCCGCUGCUUGUGACCCCGAUACCAUUCGUCAUGAAGCUGAGAGCUCCGAUUCGCAGGAAAGCGGGAUUGUACUUUCUCUUCGGGCUCGGACUCCUUGUGAUUGGUGCUGCCUUUGGCCGCAUGGCGGAAGUCACGUCGUUGAGAUGCCUUGGAUCAAGCACAUUUUGGGCUCUUGUUGAAACGACCUGCGCUUUCGUUAUUGUCAACACCCCUGGAGUAUUUCCCCUAUCCCACAGCCCUGUUUCCUAUAAAUCACUAACAUCAGCUCAGAUUGCAUCACUAUUCAAAUAUAUAUCACGGAAAAAGCAGCUUAAACAGGAUUUUGCGCGGAGGAGGCUUUUUCAAGCCGCCCACACUAGUGCCGACCCUUAUCAAAUGGGUCAAACCCCCCCAAAUACCCUCGAGUCUCCCUACCGUCGUCACCAUAGGCUGUCCGAUCACAGUCUUCCGUAUAAUGAUAGCGCUAGCGAAGAAGAGACCGCAUCAAUCACUGAGGCCAAUAUCAUUAAAGACCUGACAAGCGUUACCAUUAUCAGUGCUGGAGUCGAAACUGGGAAUGAAGAAAGUUUUGAAGACACCGAUGAUACAUCAAUUGGUACUGCCGACGGAACAUCUCAGCAUAGUAGCGGGAGCUCAGCACCUAACACUGCCAUCGACUACGGAAGUAUCUAUUACCCCGAUUCUCUUGAGACCGGUCAGGAAAGCGAAGGACACUCCAUGCAGGACGAUAUGACUGCAGAGUCUGAUUUGGGACAACUCUUCAGGAGUUCUGUCGAUCUGGAACAAGGCCAUAUUCAUGCUAUCUAA